AUGUGUGCCAACCUUGCUCAUCCCACCAAUGACGAUGAGAUAUACACGCCAAAUCAUAAUGCCCUUUCAGGACAGACCGUGUCAUCCAUGUAUCGUCUGAAAGAUGUCGAUAAUCAUGAUGGUGGCUUCUUCAUUUUUGGCGAUUUGUCUGUCAAAGUGGAAGGACGGUUCAGACUAAAGUUUUCAGUGUUUGAAAUCACGCACACUGGCGCGGUGUGCUUGGAAUCCCUCUUCUCUGAACCAUUUAUCGUUUAUUCUGCCCGAGCUUUUCCCGGCGUGCUUGAAUCCACCUUUUUAUCACGCUCCUUUUCAGAUCAAGGCGCUCGUAUCCGUAUCCGUAAAGAGAACCGCAAUCGAUGGUAUGGAAGUAACCACUUUUAUAUUCCCUUCAAUCUAUUGACGUUUUCAUUUCUUGCAGUGUGA